CUGUUUCCUCCAAAUGCGCUCAAGAUAGAGGCAGACACAUCAUCUUCAUCACCUUCAUCAUCUGCUGUGGCGUCGCCCGGAAAUGAGAGCGGAAGCGCUGAUCUGACGCGAUCCGGACCGGCUUCAGCUGAUCAGAGCGCGGAGAGACUCCUCAGCACUGCUCCGCACCGGACCUGAAUGGACAGAGCCCUGAAGAGUGUCGGAGUGACUCCUGACCUUCAUCAGUAGCCUCACCCAGCGUCAUCAUCAUCAUCAUCAUCAGCAGCAGCAGCAUCAGGACCGAAACGCGUUUCUGCCGUAGUGAGAGAGAGUGUCCCUGGCGGGCCGCCGUCGCGAUGGGCGAGAACAUGUCGAAGCGGCUGAAGCUAGUCACCGGCUCCGAGUCGGAGAUGGAGGAGCGCAGCUUCAUCAACCCGUUCCCGGACCGGGAGCCGCGGGAGCAGGGCCUCUCCGGGUCCCCGAGCGCUGCGGAGCACAGCGGCGCGAACGAGCCGCUCGACGCUGGCGGGAAGGGCAUAGCCCUGCUGUACCUGCAGCUGUAUCGAGUGACGCAGGAGGCCUCGCAUCUGCAGCGGGCUCUGGAUUACGUCAAACGCGCGCUGAGGAACCUGAACGGACGGCGCGUCAGCUUCUUGUGCGGAGACGCCGGACCUCUAGCUGUAGGCGCAGUUGUUCACCACCACUUAAAGAACCAGACCGAGUCCCAGGAGUGCCUCACGAAUCAGGAGUGCGCUCUCUCUUGUUCCCAGGUGGUGACUGCUGUUCUGGAGUCAGGGAAGAACUUGUCUAAAGAGGAGAAGAAAGCCGAGCGCUGCCCACUGCUGUACGAGUGGCAUAAGAAACAGUAUGUGGGAGCAGCUCAUGGUCUGGCAGGCAUUUACUACAUGCUCAUGCAGCCGAGUGCUAAAGUCAGUCAGGACACUCUGAAUGAGCUGGUUCGGCCCAGUGUGGAUUACGUGCGGCACAAGAAGUUCCGGUCGGGCAAUUACCCAUCAUCCCUCAGCAACGAGACGGACAGACUGGUGCACUGGUGUCACGGAGCUCCUGGAGUGCUGCAUAUGCUCAUCAUGACUCAUAAAGUCUUCAAGGAUGAGAAGUACCUGCGAGACGCGGCUGAGUGUGGAGAGGUGAUCUGGCAGAGGGGUUUACUGAGGAAGGGUUAUGGACUCUGUCACGGCACGGCUGGGAACGGAUACGCCUUGCUCUCGCUCUACCACGCCACACAGGACAAGAAAUACCUGUAUCGUGCCUGCAAGUUUGCUGAAUGGUGUCUAGACUACGGGACCCACGGCUGCCGUAUUCCUGACCGGCCUUAUUCCCUUUUUGAAGGUAUGGCAGGAGCCAUCCAUUAUCUCUCAGAUGUCAUCCAGCCUGAGGGUUCCUGCUUCCCUGCUUUUGAACUUUGACCUGUGCGUCUGGAAGCAUAGACUUUUACUCCUUUUUAGGAGCUUUACAUGCUUUUACAUGCUGGUGCAGUUACAUCGCUCUGGAUGGACCCUUUAAAAUGAAGAAAACAAUUUCUUCCUCCUCAUGGACGCAAAAAACCCAACCUUCAGCCUAUAAUUUCAAAGAAUGCCACCUUGAGUUCGGUCGUCGUAGCUUGUAGUCUUUAUCAGUAUGUUGCUGUUUUCUUUUGUAUAAUAUUUUAUGCUAAAAUAUGAUUUUGUUUUGGUUUAUAUCUUGUCUCACAUCAACAGUGUUUCUUGCAUCUGCAUGCUUGUUGGUGAACAGCAGUGCCUCGAUACGAUUGUCUGUCGCGCACUGGAGUGUUUGUCCCAUGUGACGCGGUUCACUCGUUCACGUCCCGUCUGUGUUGUCUUUGUCUUUGCAUGAGGAUGGCAACACGUGCUCAUGUCAGAAUGUGCCGGUCUGCGUGUGUCUUUAGGUAAAUGUAUCCAGCUUCCAACAUGGUGUGGUUGUCAAGUAUGUACUGUUCGUAUGUCAACGUUUCGUUCCAUUGGUAAAUGUCUUGAUAAAAGAAAGAAUCCAUUAUACCUGAAUGAAUGACCUGCUCUGGUAAAUAUCGUUUCCUCAGGCAAAAUGUGUUAUGAAUGUCACAAUAAACUGGGCUUUUUCUGAACUGCUGUACUGUAACCUGUCAUUCACCUGAUGUACGAGUCUUCUCAAAUCUGCAAAGAAACGACAGCAUUUGAAAUGAAACCACCUGCGAUCCAGUGCCAUCAGGUAGGUUGUACUGUAAAGUAUGUCAGAUUGCAGUAGUCUGCUGGACUUCACAGCCUAGCGCUCAGAACUGACCUGACAACAUUGAUUUCUCGAUUUUAAUCUAUCCCAAGAUCUGCUUUCA